AGCCGCCCCCACCUGCCCAGCCUCCCCACCCCACCCCCAAAGCCCAGCAGCCCAGUCCCGGGGAGCCGGCCGGCCCGGGGGUUCGGUCCCGGGGGGAGGGGAGUUUCGGGGGUACUACCGGGGCGGGGGAAGAGAGAGUCGCGGCGAGCCAGAGGGGAGGGGUGCGCGGGGUUUUCAUGCACCCAGCAUGAGUUCCUACUUCGUCAACCCCCUGUUCUCCAAAUACAAAGGCGGCGAGACCCUGGAACCGGCCUAUUACGACUGCCGGUUCCCGCAGAGCGUGGGCCGGAGCCAUGCGCUGGUGUACGGGCCCGGCGGCUCGGCGCCCGGCUUCCAGCACGCCUCGCACCACGUCCAGGAAUUCUUCCACCACGGCACCUCCGGCAUCUCCAACUCGGGCUACCAGCAGAACCCGUGCUCGCUCAGCUGCCACGGAGACGCCUCCAAAUUCUAUGGCUACGAAGCGCUCCCCAGACAGUCCCUUUAUGGGGCUCAGCAAGAGGCGAGCGUGGUGCAAUAUCCCGACUGUAAAUCCUCCGCCAACACUAACAGUAGCGAAGGACAAGGCCACUUAAAUCAAAACUCGUCUCCCAGCCUCAUGUUUCCAUGGAUGAGACCCCACGCUCCGGGGCGGCGCAGCGGAAGGCAGACUUACAGCCGAUAUCAGACCUUGGAACUAGAAAAGGAAUUUCUCUUUAAUCCUUAUUUGACACGGAAGCGCCGGAUCGAAGUCUCUCAUGCCCUGGGACUGACAGAGAGACAAGUGAAAAUCUGGUUCCAGAACCGAAGGAUGAAGUGGAAAAAGGAGAACAACAAAGAUAAGCUGCCUGGAGCCCGAGAUGAGGAGAAGGUGGAAGAAGAAGGAAACGAGGAAGAGGAGAAAGAAGAGGAGGAAAAGGAAGAGAACAAGGACUGAGCAAGAGAGAGAGACGACCCCCCCACACCCCCCUUAGCAACUCCCUUGAAGUUUCGAUUUAUGGUAGCAGAUAAAUUGAGAAGUUUACGACUGUCAUUUGCUUUUAUAGAGAAUAGAAUGACACUCACAACUCUAACUACCUGUCAGAUACUAGCAGCUCUGGUUUUAUUACCUUUGGACUCCCCCCCCAACCACCACCAACCCUGCUCUUUAUGUGUCUGGGGCUACAGUGGGGGGAAGACCCAGACACAGCAGGGUGGGGGAAAAAAAGUUGGGACUCUCUCGGGUCCACUCCUAGCCCUGGAAGACACACUUGCCCCCCUCUCCCCCACCCCGUCCCCCAAACCCUUUUGGGUCCUUCCUGGAUUU